AAGCUAACUGUUAUACUGUAUGUGUCAGUGCUGUUACCUGUCAGUAAGUGAAGCAGAGAUAGGCAUGUAUAGACAAAUGAGCUGAGGACAUGUCAUUAUUGUAGUAAUAGCGCUGCUGCACUGAGUCCAGCCGGCUCCACGUCCGCUGUUAGCUGCUAUAGUUCGCUUUCCUCGCCAGGCUAUCAAGAUGACUGCGUGGGUUAUUCAGAUGAUGGUGAUGGUGCUCUCUGUCUUUACUGGCAGCAGCCAGGGGAAGAGGGACAAGGUGCUCUACUGUUCUGCAUGCAAGGCAAUCGUGGAUGAACUGAACCACUCAAUCAGUCAGGUGGACCCAAAGAAAACCAUCAAUGUCGGCAGCUUUAGACUCAACCCUGAUGGAACCAUGAAAGACAAAAAGGUCCCAUUCGCUCGCUCGGAGACUCACCUCAGCGAGCUUCUGGACGGCGUGUGCAACAGUAUGAGUGACUAUGCACUCUAUGUGGAUCCCGUCACCCAGCACAGGCAGUACAGGAGGUUUGCUCCCAGAAGCAGUGCUUCCACCGACGACUUCCCCGACUUUAAGAACUUCCAGUUUGAUGGGCCAGAGGCGUCCAAUGACCUCAAAUUCGCAUGUGAAACGCUGGUGGAGGAGUUGGAGGAAGAAAUCAUCUCUGUGCUGAGCCGGGACAGGCAGGAGAACGUGCACGAGGAGUUGUGCAGCAGAGUCUCAGACUACUGUAAAGACAGCAGCCGUGCUAACGAGGAAUUAUAGCAUCACAUCGGAUUUUCGGUGCAGCGAGGAGAGCCCAGCUUUGACACACAUUUCCGAGAAAAAGGUUUUGAUAAAACAUGUUUGACAAACAACUGAGACUAUUUUAAAUAAAUAAAAACCAAAUGUUGAGAAAGCACAGUGU